AUGUUGUCUACUCAACCGAUUGCCACUCUGCAUCGGCAUAUCGAUCAGAUGGGUAUAUCCACAUGGGCACCGAUCGAUCCGGAAUACCCACUACACUAUUGUGCGUUUUUCGGUCUAAAANACGAAUUGAACAAGCAGGAUAACUAUGGUAACACCGCAUUACACAUAGCUGUAAUGCUUGGUCAUCGAGAAUGCAUUGAACUUCUUCUAGCAGCUCAUUGUGAUGUGUCUAUACGCAAUAAAGAAGGUUGGAACCCCUUGUCGGAAGCGAUCAGUUAUGGCAGUAAAUCAAUAACAACCGAAUUGUAUAAACGUUUGCGUAGUAAAAUGGUUGAUCGAGAAAAACUCCGCCAAUUCGAUCAAGCUUUACAAUCCAUUCCGGAUUGUCGUAUGGACUUUCAGUGGGAAAUUGUCAGUUGGAGUAAGUCAGAUGACUUAAUCUUCGUGUUCCUAUAA